AUGAUCAUCUUCUUUCUUUCCCUGGGCACCCCCGGGCCGGCCCCUCCCUCCGCGCCAGCUUGCACCUCUCCCCAGCUGGGUGCACCUGAGGCUGGCUCGGGCUCCGGACGCGUGCGGAGUGCCACCGGGUGCGGUGGAAGCAGAGGCACGCUGACAGCCGCCUCCAGCCCGCGCCUGAGGGACAACACGCGUGGCGCUUGCUUCAGGGACUGUUCUCCGCAGCAGCCGCUCACGCCUCGCCUCGUGGUGACUAUCACCACCGAAGCUGCAGGCGGGCAGUUGUGCGCCCCCGGGGCCAGCCAGCCCGGGCGGCCGCCCCUGCUCCUCCCGAUGCCAGGGCCAGGGCGCCGAGCGGCCGCCAGCAGGAGGAUGAAGGGCUCGGCGGGAGGAAGAAGAGAAAAGCUGCUGGGGGUGACGAAAGCUCAGCCCAGCCACGAUUUCACAUGUGCACAUGAUGGAGAAAGUGAGGCUGAAUUUUUACCUGAUGACUUUGAAGAAAAACCUGAAAGAGAAAAGAAACAUACCAAUUUCACUUUGUGCAAUGUUUGUAACAUUCAGCUGAAUUCGGCAGCUCAAGCACAAAUCCACUACAAUGGCAAAUCACAUCAAAAGAGAUUAAAACAACUGAGCAAUGGGAUGUUGAAAAAUGACAAUG